AUACCCAAUUGUUCCAGCUGCACAUCUCUGUCUGUCUGCUCAACAAUGGCGUCACAAACAGCUAGGGUUACGUUCCGCACAGUAUUGGCCAUUCUUGUUAUACUCAUACUCUUCUAUAUCGGUCGUCCUCUCUACUGGAAAAUUUCGUCGACUGUUCACGACAUCAGCCAAAACAAACAAACCGUCCGUGGAGGCAUUUCGCAGAUAAUCAAUGAAGCUCAGAAAUCAGUGGGUUGGUUUCACGACGAGUCUGAUUCGGGAGUCCACGAAGAUCAUAAGGCAACGGCGGCAACUGCAACUAGGAUUCUUCUCCGUCAGGUUUUAUGAAAAGUUAAUGUUCAAUUUUUGAGUUUUGAUUGAUCAAGUAUAUAUACAAAACGAUACGGUGUCUAUACUGCUACUAUAAAUCAUGCCAGAUCUCUCUCUCGUUUGAUUCAAUAGUGAGAUCUCUUUGGGUACAAUGUACUGAUUGAAUUGUUGAAUUUCUGAAUAUUAUGCAUAUGGCAGUAAGUAAUUG